CUUCCCGCCACGACCGCCGCCAGGCUCGGGUUCAGGCUAUCGACUAUAUACGCUCCCUUACGCAUCUGCUCGCCAGCAAAAUGAACAGAGCGGUCGAAGAACUCAGGUCUGCGUCACACCUUCGCUUCGAGAGUCCUGAGCCCGAGUCUCGGCAAGGCAGGAGAAAUGUGCGUGCGGCAGGCGUACAGCUCCUUGACGCGGACGGCGCGAUUUCUGUAGAGCUGGAAGCGUGUCUCGCUCACAUAUUCGCGAAAUACUGCACACCGCGGCCUGAGAAACAACCUGGUCUACUCGUGCCGCCACCGAGCGCGUACCUUUCAUCGGAAGGCCUUGACAACUGGGCAAGGGAUACCAACGGUGCAGCAUUUGACAGUGAUUCUAAAGAGGAGCUGCUCAUGUUCAUGGAUUGCACGGACGAGGGCGGGUUGACCUUUGAUGGUUUCCUGCAAGUUUAUCAGCUUCAGACAUAUAUUGACCAGUCAUGUCUGGUGUAA